CAAUCUACACAUGUUUGGGCAUUCACCGCGGUCGACUAAAGCGAUGAAUGCAUCACCGCGGCCGACCAAAGCGGUGAAUGCCUAAUUUGCGAAGGUGCGAAGUUGCUCGACUAAAAGGAGAGGGAGGGAAUAUGUGAGCCCGAAGGUUUAUCAUAUGCUCGACCGUAGAGAAAAGGGCGAAGUAACGAAGUUGCUCGACUGAAAGGAGAGGAAGGGAAUAUAUGAGACCAUAGGGCGAAGGUUUAUCAUAUGUGAGCCCGAAAAGCGGGCGAAUGUUUAUUAUGAGCCCGUAGGGAGAAGGAACGAAGUUGCUCGACUGAAAGGAGAGGAAGGGAAUAUAUGAGCCUAAAGGGAGAAGGAAGAAGGGCGAAGGGGCGAAGGGAUAGGAGUGAAUGUCAGUCGGAUCGACCAAUAAAUGGGCCAGAGGGAGGGGCUCAUUCGACUAAUCAGAGAUCCCAGGCUUGGCCCUACGGCCUACCUAACACAGACGGUUCAGCUAUACCAAGUUCACUUAGCUCUUCAGCGGGCAGAGUUAUUAGAAAUAAUGAAGGCCGGAUGAGGUUGGCAUUCACAGCGAAUUUGGGAAAUGGUUCUCUUACAAGAACAGAGCUUAUGGGAAUUUAUCUGGGGUUACAGAAGGCAUGGGACGCGGGGAUAAGGCGCAUCGAAGUACAGACGGACUCCACCACGGUGAUCAAGCUCAUUGAAUCUGCCGCGGCACAUCACCCUCACUAUAUCACAGUAAGGGAUAUCAAGAAUCUCAUGUCUCGAGAUUGACAGGUAGCCAUCAAGCAUGUCUAUAGAAAAGGCAAUGUUGUCGCCGACUAUAACGCGUCGUUAGGUCAUGGAGUUGAAAAUUCAAACGAACGUAACUUUGCGCUCGGUUAUCCGAUUGUAGCGAUUUUUUUUUUCAAUUCAGCAUAAUUUUUUGAGAUCUUGCAAGCCAAAAACAGCCAUAGACGGUUUGGUCCCGCAUUCGUCCGGGAAAAACUUCGUUUUCUAACCCGAACGAGCAAUUUUUCGAUUUCACCAAACUUUGACCGGCCAUAACUUUGUGCUCAGCACUCCAAACGUCAUGAAUUUUUUUUCCAAAUAAAUUCUCAAGUAGGAUCGAGUUUCUAAGUCAUCCACCAAAGUCGAGUAUCGCUCCUUGAGUGAGGUGACUUCUGAAACUAUUUGGGUCAAGCGUUUACUGACCAAGCUGGAUGUGGAAGUUCGAGCCCUAUUCAAUUGUAUGUGGGUAAUACCACCGCUAUACGGAUUGAUAUAAAUCAUGUUCUGCAAGAUCGGACAAAGCGUAUUGAGGUACAAAUUCAUUAUAUCCGCCAGUUAGUGUUUUAUAGAGUUGUAGAACUUGCGCUAUACGGAUUGAUAUAAAUCUUGUUCUGCAUGAUCGGACUAAGCGUAUUGAGGUACAUAUUCAAAUAUAGGGAUUGAUAUAAAUCUUACUCACACGAGGCCCGAUAUAUCCUAUGUCGUUCAAGUAGUGAGCCAGUUCAUGUCUGCUCCAAGAACGUCUCACCGGGUCGCAAUUUAGAGAAUCAUGUGCUAUCUUCGGGGUACGCAGGAUCUAGGUCUUCUCUUUCCAGUUGAGGAUGAUGUGGUUAUGGAAGCUUAUGCCGAUGCUGAUUACACAGGAUGUAUUAAUACUCGUCAUUCGACUUCUGGAUGGUGUGUUAAGGUGGGUAAUUUCUUCAUUUCCUGGUGGCGUAAGAAGUAUGAUUAGGUUUAAGUCAUCCACCGAAGUCGAGUAUCGCUCCUUGAGUGAGGUGACUUCUGAAACUGUUUGAUGGAUUAUACCAAACACACCACAAGAUAAACUGUUUUAUGGCCUACUUUUGAAGAAAAAGAAGCAAGAGAGUAGGUUUCUGGUUCAUCGCAUCUCGCCUCCCCACUCGCUACCAGCGGAUCACCGCCAAAGCAAGGAAAGAAAAGCAACAGAGUAGGAUUUUGGUUUCGUCAAUCGUAGAACCCUCCGUAAUCCCAAUUUCUUCCUCUGCCGGACCCAGAGCAAGAAGAAAGACCAUCGAGCUCCAUCAUCAUCGUCAAUAGUCAUCUUCAAUUGUCAAUCGCCAUCGUCAUCUUCAAUUGUCAAUCGCCAUCUUCAAUCAUCAUCUUCAAUCGCCAUCAUCAAUCGCCUUCUUCAAUCGUCAUCUUCUAUCGCCAUCGUCAAAAGUCAUCUUCCCAUCGGUGGCCCCUGCAUCUUGUCAUCUUCAUUCUUCAAUCAUCAAUCGCCAGCGAGUGUACUAUCGUGAAGAAGAUCAGGGAUUUUACAGGCGAGGGAGAUAGUUGCCGAUGAGAGAGAUUAGGGAUUUUGACAGUAAUUACUUUGUGGUUUUGAAUUUUUUGAAUUUGUUGCUUUGUUUCAUUUUAUUUUCAAUUUUUCAGAAAAAUAAAUAAAUAAAUAUUUAAUGA